CACCAAUCGCGCUUGCCAACGGACGUGUUUUCGAGUCGAAUCACUUCUACGGAUCGGUCGUCUUGAAUCGGUGGAAAGUUCAAAAACUCGUCAAUUGACAUAAAUUGAGUGCAAUUUGCAGAGUGCGAAAUGUGUGUCUAGCUGAAGCAACGAUUCGCCAAGUUCUUCGCCUCGUCGCGUGUUCAGUUCACUUCAUCAACUCAAUUAAGAAAAGCAUAAACAAAUCGCAUUCUUCAUCCGAGAUGGCCGACGAAAGUCUGCACACCAUGCCCCUGGAGCACAACAUCGACUACCACAUCGUCACGCUUUUCGAGCGCCUCGAGGCGAUGCGUAAGGACUCGCACGGCGGAGGACAUGGGGUCAACAAUCGGCUAUCCAGCACCCUGCAGGCUCCCAAGCGGAACAUGCAGGCCGAGAUUCGCACGCUGGAGUUCUGGAGAUCCAUCAUCAGCGAGUGUCUGGCCUCGUUCCUGUACGUGUUCAUCGUCUGCGGAGCUGCCGCAGGAGUGGGAAUCGGAGCCAGCCUGUCGUCCGUGGUGCUGGCCACGGCUAUGGCCUCCGGACUGGCGAUGGCCACCCUGACGCAGUGCUUCCUCCACAUCUCGGGCGCCCACAUAAAUCCCGCCGUUACUUUGGCUCUUUGCGUGGUUCGCUCUAUAUCUCCAAUUAGGGCCGCCAUGUACAUGACCGCUCAAUGUGGCGGAGGAAUCGCUGGAGCAGCUCUCCUUUAUGGGUUAACUGUGCCAGGAUACCAGGGCAAUCUGCAGGCCGCCUUCUCGCAGAGCGCCUCCCUGGCCGCCUGGGAAAGAUUCGGAGUGGAAUUCAUCCUCACCUUUCUGGUGGUGCUGUGCUAUUUCGUUUCCACGGAUCCCAUGAAGAAGUUCAUGGGCAACUCCGCAGCCUCGAUUGGAGCUGCCUACAGUGCCUGCUGCUUUGUGUCGAUGCCGUACAUGAAUCCAGCCCGCUCCUUGGGUCCUGCAUUUGUGCUGAACAAAUGGGACAACCACUGGGUGUACUGGUUCGGUCCUCUGGUGGGUGGCAUGGCCUCCGGUCUGGUCUACGAGUACAUCUUCAACAACUCGCGACGCAACUUGCGCCACACGAAGGGCAGCAUCGACAACGACUCCAGUUCGAUUCACUCCGAGGACGAGCUGAACUACGACAUGGACAUCGAGAAGCCCAACAAGUACCAGCAGUCGCAAGGAACCUAUCCUCGUGGUCAGUCCAAUGGCAAUGGACGUGGUCAGGCGACUGGAACUGGUCAGCACCAGGCGGCGAAUAUGGGUCAGAUAACCGGAGUGGUGGACAAUGGACAGCAAGGAAACUACUGCCAGAACCUCUACACGGCUCCGCCGCUCUCCUCGAAGUACGAUCAGCAGCAGCAGGAGCCACUGUACGGUGGAACCCGCUCCCUCUACUGCCGAUCGCCCACCUUGACCAGGAGCAACCUGAAUCGCUCGCAAUCGGUGUACGCCAAGAGCAACACGGCCAUCAAUCGAGAUAUUGUGCCACGUCCAGGUCCUCUGGUUCCCGCCCAGAGUCUCUAUCCCAUGCGCACACAGCAGCAGCAACAGCAGCAGCAGCAGCAACAGCAAGUGGCUCCAGCUCCGCAAUCCUCGCAUCUGCAGAACCAGAAUGUCCAGAAUCAAAUGCAGCAACGCAGCGAGAGUAUCUAUGGAAUGCGAGGAUCCAUGCGCGGACAGCAGCAACCCCUUCAGCAGCAGCAGCAACAACAACAGCAGCAGCAACAGCAGAUGCAGCAGCAACCACCCAAUAUGCAGCAGCAACAGAUGCAGCCUCCGCCUCAAAUGAUGCCCGAUCCGCAGCAGCAACCGCAGGGCUUCCAGCCGGUCUACGGCACUCGCACGAAUCCCACGCCCAUGGACGGCAAUCACAAGUUCGACCGUCGGGAUCCGCAGCAACUGUACAGCGUGACGGGACCCAGAAAUCGCGGACAGUCCGCUCAGUCGGACGACAGCUCCUAUGGCUCGUACCAUGGUUCGGCGGUAACGCCGCCAGCUCGCCAUCCCAGCGUGGAGCCAUCGCCUCCGCCGCCGCCCAUGCUGAUGUAUGCCCCACCUCCCCAGCCAAAUGCCGCUCAUCCGCAACCGAUUCGCACUCAAUCCGAGCGGAAAGUCAGUGCACCGGUGGUGGUAUCCCAGCCAGCAGCCUGUGCCGUGACCUACACCACGUCGCAAGGUCCUCCAGUGGCAAACCAACAGCAGCAGCAGCAACAACAGCAACAGCAGCAGCAACAGCAACAACAGCAGCAGCAGCAACAGCAACAGAUGAUGAUGCAACAGCAACAUUAUGGCAUGCUGCCGCUUCGGCCCAACUGAAAGCGGCUGUCGUGGGGUCCGGUGACCACGCCCCCGCCGGGGAUACACGCCCUCGCCCUCCAGCCCGGAGGCACCAUGACCCUGCACCGCUGCAGCCUAG